AUGCGGAGGGCGAUUAAGGCCACGUUGUCCAACCCACGCGGCUUGUGGACAUGGCUGCGUGGGGGAAAACCGCCUGAUUGCUGGAUCUCAGAUAUUAAUGCUUUUACCGAGCAUUUUUCCAAGGUGCUUAAGGGUGCGGGAAGCGCACAGCGUCGCCGCUUCACGGACAUCGACUUGCCUGACUCAUUUGUGAGGGCAAGGUGCGACUUGCGGCAACUCAUUUUUUUGAGAGACGACUGCUCAUUGGAGUUGCCCAAGACCUUCAAGAUCGACCGCAUUCCACCUGGCAACGAGAAUCUCUGCGUACACCACAUUUCAACUCUCCAAGACCCCAGUGCGAUGUUGCGUCGGCGUGAAGCAAGGGCCCCCAUUGUCAACGCUUCUAAUCAACGCAGUCAAGCUCACAUCGUCUUCCGCUGCUGCUUUCCGCGUUUCCACGUCACGGUUUGUCGUACCUCCGCGAGCCUGGGCGAGGACUUCCAACAGGACAACAUGUAUCGGCGCGACGAGCCGUCGCCACCGCCGUACAUCGCCGUCAUGUCGAGCCUGGGCGAGGACUUCCAACAGGACAACAUGUAUCGGCGCGACGAGCCGUCGCCACCGCCGUACAUCGCCGUCAUGUGUGAGAAUGUGCGGCUGGGGCAUCAACCUGUGCGCCCCAGUGGCACCGAGCGGGCGUUGCUGAUGAUGGGCCCGGCUGAGGUGGGUGCACUGCUGGGUGCAAUUCCUCCGCACCCAGCUGCACCCAGCCGGGCGCCGCCGCUGCUGGCCAGUUGGCUAGCGGCGGCGGCAACGUUGGCGGCGGCAUAUAGACGCAUCAUCAUCAUGAUCAUGAUCAUCAUCGUCAUCAUCAUCAUCAUCAUCAUCAGUUGCCGCCAUUCUUGUUGGCUUGAUAACUUGUUGGCUGCAUGCAGCGCCAACUACGAGCAAUGA